GCAGCGGAAGUGAAAGUAACACGCUUCCGGCUUCACUCUAUGGCCUCCAGUUAGACCUUCCUCAUUGUUUACUAUGAAAUAAAACAUAGCUGCACUGUUCGUGUGGUGAAAUUAACCGACGUUCGCGUCGCUAUAUACAAUAUUUGGUCCAUAUCUCGACAGAAUGCAUCGCAGAGGCGUUGGUGCUGGGGCGAUAGCUAAAAAGAAGCUAGCAGAGGCCAAAUACAAAGAAAGAGGAACUGUACUCGCAGAGGACCAGAUAGUUCAGAUGUCAAAACAGUUGGAAACGUUCAAAUCCAACCUUGAGGAGUUUGCCAGCAAGCACAAACAAGAGAUCCGUAAGAACCCCCAGUUCAGGGUCCAGUUUCAGGAGAUGUGUGCCACCAUUGGCGUUGACCCGCUAGCUUCUGGUAAAGGAUUUUGGUCUGAGAUGCUCGGUGUGGGAGAUUUCUACUACGAGCUGGGGGUACAGAUCAUUGAAGUGUGUCUCGCCCUGAAACACAGAAAUGGAGGACUCAUCACCCUGGACGAGCUCCACCAGAGGGUGCUGAAGGGUCGGGGUAAAUAUGCUCAGGACGUGAGCCAAGACGACUUGGUCAGAGCCAUAAAGAAACUGAAGGUGAUGGGAAACGGUUUUGGGAUGAUUCCCGUUGGCGGCUCUUACCUGGUCCAGUCAGUCCCAGCAGAACUGAACAUGGAUCACACUGUCGUUUUACAGCUUGCAGAGAAAAAAGGAUACAUCACUGUAAGCGAGAUCAAAGGCAGCCUGAAAUGGGAGAAAGAACGGGCGUGUCACGUGCUGGAUCAUCUGCUGAAAGAAGGCUUGGCCUGGUUGGACUCUCAAGCAGCCGGGGAGGCUCAGUACUGGCUGCCAGCGCUCUUCUCCGAGCUGACCUCUCGUGAUGUCACGCCGGAGGAGGCCAAUCAGAUGACGCCUUAAGGAGAUUUGUGGGUGGAUUGUUAUAUUGUGACUGGUGGAAGCGUUCACUGGAGCUGACGGACGGGCGUCACGUCAAGCAUCCGACUCGAGAAGGCGGCGCUUUUUCCCUUUCACGGAAUACAGUGGAUGGCAAAAGUGUUCAUAUACCUUGAGCCUUCUCAUAGUGGUGACAUGACAGUCGCUAGUGUCGGUGUGUUUUAUAGAAACUCUACAUGAAGGGGAAAAAAGACUGUACGUGCUUUUUUACAAAUAAAAAUCUAAGAAAUA